CAAAAAAAACCGAGUUGUCGGAAGAAGUGCUGGUUCUCUCUGGGGAUCACAACGUGCUAAGUUAGCACGGUCUUUUCUUCCUUGUUUCUUUUUUUCACGAAAAACCCGCAAAACCCAAGACUAUUAUUUGCCUAGGCAGGGCCUUGAUCUGCCAAUGUCUACGCCCCUCCCUUCCUUUCGACAGCGCUCAUUGUCACUAUCAUCACUCAAUGUACCACGACGAUUCCAUUUACCCAUAAUUUUAUUACGGCUCUUAUGUCUGAUACCCGCAGGAUUCGGUCUCGUACGGAACACACGACGUGCAUGGGCACAGCCAUUGUUCGAUGAAACUGGCAUUUUCGAAAACAAAACCACUCCGUUAAUCUAUAGCGUUGCAUUGCUAUGGUGUAUUCUUGCUGGAUAUUGGAGUUGGAUAUUAACGACGAGUAUGCUUCGACGGUGGCUGUAUCACUAUGAGCUUAAAAAUGCUCUGGUUCGUCUUGUCACGCUUACCGUGAUCAAUUGGUCUCUGUCAGCAUUCAUUGGAUCGUACUAUGGCGCCGACCAACCAUUAUGGAAUUGGAUGACUGUAUGCUUUAUCCUGCUCGUAUCCAACAUUCUCAAGCUCUUGCUUGCAUCCAAUCCAAAGUACGCCAAAAAAUCAUCCUCGACGUCAGCGUCCUCCUCUUCCCCAGCAUCAAUAGCAUCGUCUACCACAUCGACAACGUCGACGUUAUCGAAUUUCACUAGCUCCAUCAACCACAGAUCCACACUUGUACGCGUCCUCGUUUUACCAUUGUUCAUUGUCGUUGUCAUGACAAUGUUUGCAACAUUACAUCAAGUGAGUUUGUUGCGAAGCAAUGGCACCUCAAUGGUGGCAGAAUCAAUUUCAUCUUCCACUACACAGCUAUCGACGACGGUACAAAAACAUCCAGCUAUGGCAGAUGCAGGCAUACGCGUCAUGGUGAUUGUAUUGUCAGCAUGGACACCGCGAAGCAUCGUGAAUCGUCAAACGUUCCGUGAAACUACAUUGCAACUGAUGCCGCCCAAUUCGAAGGAUAUCUCGUUCAUGUACCGGUUUGUCAUUGGCCAGCCGCCUUCGGAUAAAGUCAGGCAGUCAAUGGGACCCAAGAUUGAAACUGAGAUUGCACAGCAUGGAGGCGACUUGUUAGUACUACCAUGCUCAGAUACGUAUGAAGAUCUCAGCAAAAAAGUAUUUAGCUCGAUGGAAUGGGCCGAGCAAUACGAGUUUGAUUAUUUCAUCAAAACGGAUGACGACAUUUUCGCACGUUGGGAUACAAUCAGUAAUGAAUUGCUUGCGUUGGGUCUCAGGAACCGGUAUUGGCAAGGUUUAAGCUACUGGGACAUCCCGCCUAUCCGAGACAACUCCAACAAGAACAGUGAAUUGGAAUACCCACUUCCAUUGUUUCCGCGCUACACGGCCGGUGCGUUGUAUAUCUUGUCACGCGAUAUUAUUCACUUGAUUGCCCGAGGACCACGCAUUUUUGUCAAGAACGAAGAUCAAAACCUGGGUGUGUGGCUGUUUCCUUACCAGAUCGAGCCCAUCUUUGACCCACGGAUACAGCAGAUUGAUGUAUGCGAAGAGGAUAUGAUUGCAAAGCACUUUGGUAACUUUGACGAUCCCGAAGCAAUAGGCGGAACAAUGUUCGAUAUGCUAGACAAUAUUAGAAGUGGACGAAAGAUGUGCGCUGGGUUCCGUACCAAGUUUUGUGCCAUGUGUUAUCCUUGCCAGGGCAAGGUCAAUCAUUGGAAAGACUGGAACUUUAAUUGCGAUCCUGUAAAGGGUAUUACGCUUCUCAAUAUGGGUAAACUGACUCUUUUGGAAUAAAGAGAAGACAAAUCUCAAAAGUUGUUGUAUAUAUAAUAAUGUAUAUGUGUAUUGCUCUCGUCUUGUUUGGUCGUGUGUCGAACGAGCGAGCGAGGGAGUGAUUGAGUGAGUAAACCAUGCUAUGCAUCAGUAGAAGAGAAAAAGUGAUAUAAAGGGG